UGAGGGCGCAUGCGCAAAGACAGCUACCAGGACUCUCCCUCGGAGCCCGGGCCGGAGCUAGCGGGGGGCCCAGCGAACACGGCGCACUUCCGGGACGCUGCGCGCGGACCCUUUCCCCGCUCCCUGUCCGCUCCUUCCGCAGCAGCUUUCUCGGCGGGUAGAUUCAGGAGGAACCGUAGGUCCCAAGAGCCUGUGCGCGUGUCCAGAAGGGAGCAUUCGACUCCGUGGUCGCCUGGAGCGGCGCUGGAGGAGGGAGAGACGUAUAUAGGGACUCGAGAUCCGCCGUGGGAAUGAUCCACGAACUGCUCUUGGCUCUGAGCGGGUACCCAGGGUCCAUUUUCACCUGGAACAAGCGGAGCGGCCUUCAGGUGUCACAGGACUUCCCAUUUCUCCAUCCCAGUGAAACCAGUGUCCUGAAUCGACUCUGUCGGCUUGGCACAGACUAUAUUCGCUUCACCGAGUUCAUUGAACAGUACACAGGCCAUGUGCAGCCACAGGAUCACCAUCCGUCUCAGCAGGGCCAAGGUGGGUUACAUGGAAUCUACCUAAGGGCCUUCUGCACAGGUCUGGACUCAGUUUUGCAGCCUUAUCGCCAAGCACUGCUUGAUUUGGAACAAGAGUUCCUGGCCGACCCCCACCUCUCCAUAUCACAUGUCAAUUACUCCUUAGAUCAGUUCCAGCUCCUUUUCCCCUCUGUGAUGGUUGUAGUAGAACAAAUUAAAAGUCAAAAGAUUCAUGGUUGCCAAAUCCUGGAAACAGUAUACAAACACAGCUGUGGAGGUUUGCCUCCUGUUCGAAGUGCACUAGAAAAAAUCCUGGCGGUGUGUCAUGGGGUUAUGUAUAAGCAGCUCUCAGCCUGGAUGCUACAUGGACUCCUCCUGGACCAGCACGAAGAGUUCUUUAUCAAACAGGGUCCAUCUUCUGGUAACGUCAGUGCCCAGCCAGAAGAAGAUGAGGAGGACCUGGGCAUUGGGGGACUGACAGGAAAGCAACUGCGAGAACUGCAGGACUUGCGCCUGAUAGAGGAAGAGAACAUGCUGGCCCCAUCUCUAAAGCAGUUUUCCCUGCGAGUGGAGAUUCUGCCAUCCUACAUUCCCGUGAGGGUUGCUGAAAAAAUCCUGUUUGUUGGAGAAUCUGUCCAGAUGUUUGAGAAUCAAAAUGUCAACCUGACUAGAAAAGGAUCCAUUUUGAAAAACCAGGAGGACACUUUCGCUGCAGAGCUGCAUCGUCUCAAGCAACAGCCGCUCUUCAGCCUGGUGGAUUUUGAACAGGUGGUAGAUGGUAUUCGCAGCACCGUGGCUGAGCAUCUCUGGAAGCUGAUGGUGGAAGAGUCAGAUUUACUGGGUCAGCUGAAGAUCAUUAAAGACUUUUACCUUCUGGGACGUGGAGAACUGUUUCAGGCCUUCAUUGACACAGCUCAACACAUGCUAAAAACGCCGCCCACUGCAGUGACUGAACAUGAUGUGAAUGUGGCCUUCCAACAGUCAGCACACAAGGUGUUGUUAGACGACGACAACCUUCUCCCUCUGUUGCACUUGACAAUUGAGUACCAUGGAAAGGAGCAUAAAGAUGCUGCUCAAGCCAGAGAAGGGCCUUCUCGGGAGACUUCUCCCCGGGAAGCCCCCGCGUCAGGCUGGGCUGCCCUGGGUCUUUCCUACAAAGUGCAGUGGCCACUGCAUAUCCUCUUCACCCCCGCUGUCCUGGAAAAGUACAAUGUUGUUUUCAAGUACUUACUGAGUGUGCGCCGGGUACAAGCUGAGCUGCAGCACUGCUGGGCCCUGCAGAUGCAGCGCAAGCACCUCAAGUCCAACCAGACUGAUGCGGUCAAGUGGCGCCUAAGAAACCACAUGGCGUUCUUGGUGGAUAAUCUCCAGUACUACCUCCAGGUAGAUGUGCUGGAGUCUCAGUUCUCACAGCUGCUUCAUCAGAUCAAUUCCACCCGAGACUUUGAAAGCAUCCGACUGGCUCACGACCACUUCCUGAGCAACUUGCUGGCUCAGUCCUUUAUCUUGUUGAAACCUGUGUUUCACUGCCUGAAUGAAAUCCUAGAUCUCUGUCACAGCUUUUGCUCACUAGUCAGUCAGAACCUGGGCCCGCUGGAUGAACGAGGGGCCGCCCAGCUGAGCAUCCUGGUGAAGGGCUUUAGCCGCCAGUCAUCACUGCUAUUCAAGAUUCUCUCCAGUGUUCGGAAUCAUCAGAUCAACUCGGACUUGGCUCAACUACUGUUACGACUAGAUUAUAACAAAUAUUACACCCAGGCUGGUGGAACUCUGGGCAGUUUCGGAAUGUGAAAAUGUCAGGUCCACACACUGAAAUAACAGUCCAUCCCACCGCGUUACCAUCUUUAACACAAGACUCACAGCAAACGGGAUUCUCUAGCCACUCACUGAAUGUCUGCGACCUACUGAGAGGCUCUGCCUUUUCUCCUAGAAGCGAUUACCGAACAUCCAUGGGUACAAAUCCUUCCCCCCCUUUCCCAUAUAGAAGGGCCUGCCCUACCAUCUUAGGGGAGUUCUUAACUCACCCACAAGAGAACAUGUGAUGUCAGCUCUCCCUCUGUGGACCAUGGAAGAUCCGUUACAUUGAGAAUAUUUGUCAGAUAAUUUCACUUAUUGAACACCUACUAUGUGCCUAGGUACUGUUCAAGUUGCAAGAGACACACAAGUAAUAUAGAUCAGAAAGUUAAAUAUUUUGUGGCUUGUGUGAAAAAGGAAUUAUAUUUAUAAAUAGGCCAAUGCUGGAUGUUAGCGCUGAGCAAGAAAGGCACCAGAUAGGGUAGGCUUCCCCUCAACCCACAGAUCCUCUUUUCCUCCUUCAGAAAAUUGAAAUUGAGAAUGUCCCAUCUUUAAGGAUCUUCAAAACUGAAUUUGAAGAAUUUUACCAGUGAGCUCUUAACACAUUGAGGAUGAGGCAUUUAAAUAUAUAGACGCAUAUCUGUGUCACUGGUCCACAAUGUGUUAAUUAUUUCAGGGCAAUUCUAGUUAUUAACAAUGUAACAAUGUUUUGUUAUUUAAAGUUUUGUUAUUUUUUAACAAAGAAAGGUCAUUAAGAAAAAAAAUUGAGAUAAAAUUAUUAGCUGUCAAAUACUGAAAAUUGCUGGUCUAACUAUCCCAUCUUAGAAAAGCCCCAGGAGUUAAGGUUCUCCCAAUGUGGCCCAACUGUCACUGGCAAUCACUAAUAUUCGUAUCAUUGUGAACCAAAACAAAUAUUCAUUGAACUCCCUCCAAACACAAAAAGAAUGCAGCAUUCUGGCCUCAGUUUGUAGCCAUUCGAUCUGGUCCUCAUGUCUACAUCUUAUACCACAUACUACACUUACCCUUAUUCCCUGUAACUGUCAGCUAAAGACCCCUUCCACUGCAGAGGUUAGCAAACCAUGACCCGCCACCUGUUUUUGUAAAUAAAACUUUACUGGAACACAGCUACUCUUUUUCGUUUACCUAUUGUCGAUGGUUGCUUUCAUGCCAUCAUGGGAAAGGUGAGUAGUUGUGACACACUGAAUGGCCCACAAAGCCUAAAAUAUUCACUAUUUGGCAGAAAAAAAAUUUGACGCCUGCUCUAGAGAAAGAAAAUAUCAAUAGGGUGAUGCUAGAGGUAGGGGAGGAACAGCUUCUAGCAUCUGUGACAACAGUAAUAAAAUUUUGUACCUGUGACUAGA